AUGGCGGUUGAUGCACAAGUGGUGCUGACCAAGCACAUCCAAGAUGCCAUUUUAGAAGCUAUUAGACGCAACUCAGUUCCACAGGAUCUCGAGAAACAAUUAUCAAAAUAUACAAAAGACUUUACAGAAGCGAAAGAAUUAGAUAAAAGGAAGAAAAAAGUGGCCAUUCCGUUCAAGUUAGUCAAACAACUUUGGGAAUGUCUUCGAGGGAAUACCGGUAGGUUCUCAACUGUAGUCUAUUCAAGUUUCACUUGAAACCCUCAUGUACGUCAUAAACAAAGUUUUUUAAACCUCUGUCCAGGAAUCAAUUGAUUAAACGUAAAAUUCAGGAAUUAUUUUUAUCGCAGGCGUUUAGUUAAAUUUUUGUACUCUCUACGGUACGAUCGAUCUACUGCAAAAGUCAGCUCUUACUCCUCCUCAGCCCCCAGUGCACUUGAGGGUGGCAUGUUUCUGCAAGGCGCAAACUUGUAACCGUUUUUUUUCUUUUCAUUUCUUUCCCUCUUCUUUUAAAAAUGGUAAGAGGAAGAACUGAGGGGUCAAAUCACUCUCUUGCCUCAUCCCAAUAGCCUGUAUACAGACUUACCCCUCCCUUAGGAAAAAUUGGGAGAGGAGAUGUCUGUGAAUCGCCAACAAUAAUCGUGUUCCCAUUUCCCUGGAAUGUUGGGGACAGCCUCUGAUUGGUUGUUAUGUUAAUGCCAUGACGCAAAUGAUUUCCCGUGUUGUGAUUGGUGAAUGAAUCUCGGAAUAGAUUCCCCAGGGAAAAGCUCAGCCUUUGUGGCAUUCAUAUUUGUUUACUGGUAUUUGUAAUUCGGCUCUCUGGAAUAGCCAUGAGAAGUUAAGACCACCAAUGUUUGCGGCACCGGUUGUGGGUGCGUCUGUCUGUACUGGCCGGUAUUGUAAAUAAAAGAGAAGGACGUACAAAAUCCGACAUUUACAGCCAAGGCAGGUCAGUUUUACCCCAAAAGAUUCUCUUAACCCAUUUGCUCCUGGAGAUUUUGCUGAAAAACGCGUUUUGAAGUUAGUCGAGUGGUUUUCUGGUCACUGUCGUGCUAUAAAGAGCUAAAACUUACCACAAACCGGUUUACAUGUCGUACACUUGGCGGCCUUCUGAUCCAGAUGCAAAAUAUCAGCUUGUGAAGUUCGGGCAUGCGCAGAAAGCAAAAUUUCGAGAUAGUUUUUGGGUUUAAAAGUGACACAGCAGUCUUGAUUUGACUUUCUCUCCUCCCUUCUUUUUUCGCUUUUCUUGCCUCAUUUUUUUUUUCUCUUUCUGGGCAUUUAGUAGGCUCCAUUUUGGUGGGAAGAGUUUUUAGGAAAGCUUUUAGGAUCUUAGGAUUAGGUGAAAGGAAAGGUAGGUGGGUAAGGGAACAAGAUUUUCAUGGAGAUUUUCAGGUCAAUGUCACGUGGUUUUUUGCUUCUUUGUCCGGUGUCCGUGACUGAAUUGUGCCUCAUUCUGGUAUGGUUUGAAAGAUCUCUUCACUCUGCACAAGUUAGCGAAGAAAGUUGUCCUUGACCGUUAAAACUGAUGACGUCACAAAGGGUAGAAAGGACCUGGAUCCGCACGGGCGGUUAAGGGCGGUUCAGGGGCGAAUGGGUUAAUGAAUUGAUUAUUUGAAAAAAUGAUGCCAUUAGUCAUUCCCGACUUGUGUCAAAUUUGAAUUGGCAUUCCUGCAUGUGUAAUAAGCAGUGAAUAUUUUAUGAGAACUCCGUAUUUGGUCAAAUUGAAAAUCUUUGAAUGGAUGAAAAUGUCUUAGAAGACAUUUACAUCAAAUUCAGGGAAACUGAGCUGGUAGAAAUUUUGUAACUGAAUCGGGUGCGAAUUCACGGCUCAUUACACAUGCAAGAAUGCACACAGAGAUGAAUCUGAAAUCUACAACUACCAAGGGAUUCAACUUUCGAAUAAUAAAUACAUUAAGGGGAUGUUGGGAGGUACGCUUGACCUGGCUUGACUCAGAUCAGAGAUCUUAUUUCUGGAGUUUUGGGUGGACAUUGUGUGAAGAUGUUCGGCUACCCUGUUUAGAGACGCCAGAGCUAUUUUUCAACCUACAUGUGCCAGUCAUGAUUCAAAGAAUUAGCCAAAAGUAAGGCUAUUGUAAUUUCUUGCUGAAGAGAAGUGAACGAUCUUUUAUGUGAAAUCUACUUGAAAUUAUCGAAUGGAUCAACUCCUGCAUAAAACGUUUGACUUCAAAUGUAAACAGUGCUUCCGAGAUCAAAAUUCUGUCCAACCAAAAACUACAGGAAAUCGAUGCACAGUAACAUACCAACUUUAUGAGCUAAAAAACACCGAAAAAUGUGUUAGAAUCUUCCAAAGCAUAAAAUACUCAUUGUGAAUGACAUUUUAGUUAGAUAUUCUAGUUAGAGCCUAGCUUAGCUACAAAGGUUGAGAACAUCCGAGAGAAUAACUGCGUACGUGCUCUAAAAGAGUCAGAGUCAUGUUGGUCUGUCCACACCUUUUCAACUGUCAGAGAAAGAACAAAAAAAAAGUUAUUUAAAUGUUUACCGGAACAUGAUUAACGACGACGAUUCACAGACGUCUCCUCUCCCGAUUUUUCCUGAGGGAGGGGGGACGUCUGUACACAGGCUAUCAUCCCAUGGGAGUCAGAUGAUAACAAAGCAAAUCUCCCCCUCUUAGCAAAUUUACCUGUUUUAACACAUAGCGCACAGUAUAAAGUUUGCCUUCAAAACCCAAUGUAGAAAAACCACAUGCCUAAUGGUGUCUUAAGGUUAGCUAGAAUGUUCCUAGACCUCUCUUUAAAUUUAUCCAACCAUCUUUCUAGAUCAAGAUUCAAAACUAUACUUGCAUGAGCUACUGGCAGGAAGUGAAGUUUAUGUUGAACCUUUAAAGUUACCAGAAAAGGUAUGUUUAGAUUUAUCUAGCUAUUAUACUGUGUACAAUGUAGCUACCCCAAACCCAGCAUCAAUUUUCUCCAGACAAUAAUAAUUUAGAGAAAAGAUUAUGCAACAUUUAAUGAAAUGAUCUCCAAAUAGAAAGUCACAUAUUCUCUCAACUAAAUCUUUGUGGCAAGGAAAUGUAUUGAGAUCAGUCUAGAGAAGUUCGCGGUGAGAACAGGAAUGUUAAAUUUUCUUGUACCACAUUCUUACAUGUAGCAGAGCUCAAAAUUUUAUGAUAAUCAACAAGGAGGAACAGAAAAUGAAACAAAUUUACAUCUGGAACCUCUUGGCUACAAGAUUGAUUUAUGUCAGUAGUAUGGAAAGGCCAAAAUGCAAACCCCUCUCUUGUGAAAUGUCCCAAGUGAUGGGAAGUAUUGAGAGGCAGCUAUAAAAUAAAUAAAUUAAUUAAUAAUUCUGUUAUUUAUCCUCUACAGUAUGCUAGUGGGGUCGAGCAAAUGUUUGAGACAAAUAAUUUAAAUAAAACAUAAUAGGGUUAAGAAUCUCAACUGGCCGGAGGCGAACCAGCUGGCUAGUUACAAGCAUGGCCAAGGAUUUGAUCUCGGACUCCCGUGAACAAAUCCAGCUAGCAGUCAGAGCAGGACUUGAACUCGAGGCCUCUGAAUUAAAAGUCGAAGGCUCUUACCACUCAGCCACGCUGCAUCCUGAUGCUGUAUGUGAGGACUGGUAUUUCUGAUUUAUGACUUGCAUUUCCACUGACAACCUGCAGUUUUAUUUUGUUAAAUUGCUUAGCCUUGUCCUCAAAACAGUAUGACAAGUAUAAAACACCGGUCACAUUCUUCAGUCAGUCAGAGUACAUUCUAUAUAUUAAGUAAAUAAGACAAAAAGUGUUACCAUCAUCAGAUCAUAAUAUCCAAAAGUGCUUUUUUAGAAACUGUUUUAUUUAGUUUUUCAGGUCCUGUGAUUUUAUACAUGUAUGAUGGACAUGGUGCAAUUUUGCUCAGUUUAGGUCAAAUUGCAUCCAAUCACAAUAAUCCAUAAGAACUCUUAUGAAAUAUCAACUUUGGAGCCAAGUAUGAAUAAUUUUUAUAUUUCGGAAUAAGCCUUUUGUUAUUAACAGUAAUAUAUGUCACUGACUUUUCACUGAUUUCUUUUAUCAUUGCAUAAUUAUAAUUUUUACUUUGUAUUAGAGUCCAGAACUUAUAGCUCGUCUGAAAAAGUUAAAAGCAGAGCAAGAAAGGGCAGAGUAUGACAGGAUGGUUUCAAAUGUUGAUAGAAAGGUGAAAAUGCUGUGUUUCAGUCUUUUUUGUUUUCAAUUUGUAUCAGGUAGCUACCAGUGUAUUUGUUGUAAAUUGAGAACUGAACUUCAACUCUUUGCUUUUACCGUCACCUUCAUGUAUCCUUUUCAUACAACAAGACACAUAAGGCUAAUCCAUACUUCCCAGCCAGACCUAUCCAAAGCUGUUGAACUGAUUGCUGGGGUGGGUAGCUCUCCCCAGUUAUUCCAUCUAUCUCUGUCCCUUCUCUAUGUCUGCCAUCAUUCUCCAUUUCCUCUUGAGUCUGCCUGCCCUUGUAAGCUGAACUGUUGUUAUUCUCUGCCUUCAAAUGGCAUCAUGCUCUGCUUACCUACAUGAGCAAGUGUAGGCAAGGUAUUGGACAGUCGAGUGGUUCUAAGAGGUUUUUUUAUUACUUAAGGUGGCUCGAUUGUUUUUCAGGGUCAGUACCUCCCAAAUUUGAGCAUAAACUACAUUGCCAUUAAUAAAGAUUUGGAAAAAUUACCACCUUAGCUGUGCAGUGUAUUAGAUAAAGAUGAAAAUUUGUCAUGAUCAGGGUUACAAUGACAUUGGAGUUGUCAUAGCAAUGAAGUGAUGCCAUUGCCUAUUUUACUGGCAGCUGUAUUUCUCAACACAGGGAACUAAUCUUCCAAAUUGUUAACGGGAACUUUUUCUUCCAAUAGCCAUCUCGAUGUUCGUGAAGUUCAAGCGAAAUCUGUAAGAGCAUUAUUGAGAUAUUUUGGGAUGAAGUUUUUAUGGUUAGUAAUGUGUUAAAAACUGGACAAUAUUGAUGUUCGGUCGUUGUCUACAGGAAACGAAGUGUUUUUGAAAUGCAAUUAUUUCACCUCAUAGAACUUUGUUUUAUUCUUUUUAAAAACACGUGAAAGAUCAUGGAGAUAGCUCUCAGCCUCUGGCCAAUUGCUAGAAAGAAGCUGGAUUUGGUUAGUGUAUAUCAAGGCGCUCUUGUUGGCAGUUUUGUAAACAUUUUGGUCUACUUUAAAAAAUAAACAAGUCAUUUUUAAACCGCUCAAUAGAUUGAGAUUCUCAAGGUUAACCGUCAUUUUCUUGUUUAUCAGAAAUUUUGUGUUUACAAGUGAGAGCUUCUCAUUAUUCAGGGUAUGGUCUCCAAGUUCUAUAUUUUUGUGGACAACAAUAGCGAACAUUUCUGCAUAUAUUGUUAUUUACUGCUGUUCACGUGAAAAUGAAACUUUCAAAUUUUCAACUUUAUCUAUAAAUACAGCAGCAGUGGUAAUUUUUCCAAAUCUUUGUUAAUUGUGACAUAGUUUAUGCUAAAAAAAAACAACCUAUCAAGCCACCUUAAGGUUUCUGAAAUUUGGUCAGAUGGGAGGGUGCAGGUGAUUGGUGCACCACCUACAGCACUGUAACCUCCCUGCCCAGACCAGGUGGUUUUUCUUGUGUGGCACUUACAACUAAAAAAACAUUUCUCUUAUGGAAACAAAACAAAACAUGUACAGUUGAAAACCAUUAGUAUAGGUAAUAGCAUGAUUUGUAGUGAUAUUUGGCAUAAAUACCAUGAGUGACAUUUCGAAAUUGUUACACAUAAUUUCACGAGCCGUUAGGCGAGUGAAAUUUGAGACAAUUUUGAAAAAUCAUGAGUGGUAUUUAUGCCAAAUAUCACAUACAAAUCAUGCUAUUAUUUGUUUAUACUACUACCCACAAAAGUUUUGUAAUUUUCACAUGUGGGUAUUUCAAAUUAAGCUGAAAUACCACUGCUCUAAGCCAAUCAAAUUGCAGAAAUUUCUCAUGUAGUAGUAUAAACACAAAAAGGACUCCUUGUUGUCAUUUUAAUGAAAAUCAAAAUAUGCUAUUUUGCUGUUUUAUGUACAGUGGCACCAAAGCAAUGGAAUGCAACUGGGACAGGAAGGUGGGUGUUACUGAUUGUAGUGUAUUAUUUGUAUUUUUCUGAUGAAACUGAAAGUGUCUCGGCACAAAAUAGCACUUAUAGCCAAAACUCUAGGGUAUUUGUAAGCAGGUACUUAGGCUUUUUGAGGGAGGGGGGUGGGGGCUGCAGGGGUAUGUAUGUCUCUAUUCUGAAUUUUAAUGGUGGACAUUUCAUGUAUUGAAGAGAAGGCCAUGUCUUUUUUGAUAUUUCACUAUUGUAUUUGGGAUUUUCCUUGUGACUGUCUCAGUUUCCCACCCAUCUUUCGUGUUGUUUGUUGCCAAUUCUUCUGACAGUGUUAUUUUGCUAUUUCAAGGCCAUGUGGCUUGUCAGAAUUUUACCUCAAGAGGGCCUCCAUACUGUGUAUUUCUCAUUGGUAGUUUUACGUGUACUUAAAUCUCAGUACUAAGUCAGACUUAAGAACUGUUCUAUGUUAUUAACCAAGUCACUUUGUCUAAGUGAAUUUGAAGUUAUUCUUUACUUUGCAAAAUGGAAAGUUGAAAUCCUGGGGGGAUACACAACAAAGUAUUACACGGAAGAAGCUCUGCCCCGAGGCCCAACCCCUUACACUUUUAUAUACCAUUUUUAACGGAAAAGGUACCCCUAAAUCGUAUACCUUCCACUGGCAAAAGGUACGCUUUUCACGUACCUAUUUAAGAAUGCUGCAUCCCUGUUAACUGCUGUAAAUGCACCAUCUUUCAAAUAAUCAAAAAAUGGCCAAACAAGGAUGUCCUCUUCACUUUUUCUCAGCCACGAAAAAACAUCAGUUAGCCCUUUUAGUUCCUCUUACAGACCGAAAAGACCGAUUUCUCUCCCCUUCAUAUUUUUCAACUAGUGAAAUCCCUACCCUUUUAUCUGCCUGAAGUCUGAAAAUGGAACCCUCCUUGGGCGGAGCCUCUCUACAUGUAUUGGGAGUACCACCCCCAGGAUUAAAAUAAGAAAUAUGCAUCCUGAAAACCGAAAACUUGCAGUUACUUAGGCUGUAAGGUUGACCAGGCAUGUCAGUCAAGGUUAGGAUACGUUAAAGGAACAGAAUUGAUUUUCUUGUGUCAAUGUUUACCUUUUAGUUCGCUCUGUCAGCAAGCAGUUGGCCUCUAUUAUCAACUUUCUUUUGUCAAUAAUGGCAUCAUUUGCAUUUGGUUUUAUUGCAUCUCAAUAUGCCUUUCCCCCCAUUGCUAUGGUAUGUAAUAAAUAAAUGGGUUAUGAGUAACAAUCAGGUUCAAUCAAGCAUCUUAAAUCCAGCCAGUGUAAUUUAUAGUAUUCUGGACAGUCACAUAAAACGACACCACUGCAUUAAUCAAAACUUAAAAGUAGGCUGGUCAUGGUUGAAGUUUGCUGCUGUUGUUGUUGUUUUAUUUUUGCCUGCUAAGAAAAUGGCUUGUAGGACUUUUAAGCUUGUCAUAAAGGGAAGCAACGGAAGCAUAAAGUAAUCCAAAUAACAAUUUCACAGAAAAAUCCGGUUCAGGGGGAGUCCAAAUCAUAAUCAUGUGCGAUUUACCAGUCUACCGUAGAACUGCUACAUCUGUUAUCAUUUGAAUCCAAAUUUGUGCGGCUGAAGUCUGGAACCGAAAAAAUUGGCAAUCGGUGUGUAGUAUUCCACUUGGUUUCACCAACCAGAAUGAAAGGACUUCUGAAAAUUGUUGUCCUCAAUUUUCGGUUGGAAUUUCCAAAAAAUGACCUUACCAUUAACCUUUCGAGCGGAAUUUUCAACAUCUCUUUAGAACAAAAUUUGAUAAGCACCCCCAGUUACUUGACGUAGAUGUUGGUGAUAUAAAAGCAGAUGUUGCACUGAAUACUUCAUGAAGGCUUUUUUAAAGCAAACCACGUUUUAGGGAACCGUCAUUUUGGGACACUUUUUUUAAAAUGGACUCAUAGUUACGGGCUUCAUUAAUAAUAUUGGAUUGUGUAUAGGAGCAAGAUUCUGAGCCAAUUCUCAAAUUGCAAAGAUAAAGCAAUCAUCUGUUUUAUUUCUUUUUCAGAGAGUGAUCAUAGGAAUUGUGCUGGCCUUCAUCGUAGCCAUUGCAGAACUGUAUUUUAUGGCUAGAGUGGAAAUUUGA